AUGUAUAAGUGCAAUUGUGGUUUAACAUAUACAAGGGUAGAUAAUUUACGUCGACAUCAAAAUAAAAGUUGCAAGCUGAUAUCUAACCGCAUCGGCGAAUCAUCCGGAGGUACGAAGAGAUCUACUACUCCCAGUAAUGAUGUUCCACCUGAAAAAAAAGCCCGGGUAAUGCGAGUUCCACAAGUUCAUACGCAUCGCAUCGUAGACUCAAAAGCCCAUAAUAGAAGAUGUGAAUCAUGUAAUGUAGAUGUCCCUACCAAUCAGAUGACGUCGCAUAUGAGGAGUCAUGGGCAUAAAGAAAAAGCCUGUGCAAUUCAUGCUGAUGGUAUAUAUUUAAUUAAGAGCGCGUUUAAGUGCAGAAUCGCAACUUACAGGCUUAAAUGUGAUGAAAAACAUAUAGAUUAUGUAACAUUUUUUGAUGCGAUAAAAUUAAGAGUAUUGAAAUUGUUAAAAGUUGUUCUGAAGGCCCAUAAUGCCAUUAAAGUUAAUGUAGAGGCCUUUGCUACUUAUGCAUUGGAGAGCCAAGAUGUUUCUGAAAUCAAAUCUUUUAACAGCAUAAAUCGAAUACUCGAUUUGUCGACGGAUUUGGAUGCGGUAUAUGUAGACUUUAAGGACGCUGUGGUAUCUCAAACUGCAGACUUUCAACAUAAGGAUUCAGGUUGGACAUUACGGGAAGUACUAUUUUUAGAAGUUAAUAUAAAUAAGUACUCCCCAUUGGGCGGCUGCUCGUACAUUAAGCUCCCUAAGUUUAUUGAAACCAAGAAGGGUGUAGUUAAUGUCCAAAACAAUGAUGCGUAUUGCUUUGCUUGGGCCAUCACGUCGGCGCUAUAUCCAGCGAGGGACAAUGUUCACCUAACGACAUCGUAUCCACACUUCGAGGCCGUGCUGAAUGUUGAUGGUAUUGAAUUCCCUAUGAAGCUUAAAGACAUUUCAAAAUUUGAAGAUUUAAAUGACAUAAGUGUUAAUGUUUAUGGUUUGGAACGUAGUUAUGAAAAUGGUAAGGUUAAAUUCGAAAUAGUAGGCCCAUUACGAUAUUCCUCUAGGAGGUUAGGUCACCAUAUAAAUUUACUAUUAAUAACGGAGGAUUCAGGAAAUAGUCACUAUUGUUGGAUUAAAAAUAUUUCCAGAUUGGUAUCGAAUCAAGUAACUAGAAAUGAGCACAAAAAAUUUUUUUGUGACGGCUGUUUACUUUAUUUCCGAUCUGAAAGCAUACUAUUGCGGCACCAAUUGCGCGAUUGUAAUCAUAUAUACACCAGCACGCCAUCAGUGGAGCUGAAAAAAGAUAAACGCGGUAAUUAUGUACCUGAAAACAUACUUAAGUUUCAAAAUUAUGAUAAGCAACUUAGGGUUCCAUUUGUAAUUUACGCUGAUUUUGAAUCGAUUUUAAAACCAAUAGAUACUUGCGAACCAGAUCCGGAAAAAAAGUUUACUAUCCCGACAUACCAACAUGAACCAUAUUCUUUUGCAUAUUUGAUUAAAUGUUCGUUUGAUAAUUCAUUGACGAAAUUUGUAACUUUUACGGGUGAUAAUGCUGGUAGCGAUUUCGUGAAACGGCUAGAGGACGAUGUUUUAACUAUUUAUAAUACCUAUUUAAAAGACGUUGUUCCGAUGCAUCAGCUGUCUAAUGAUGAAAUAGAUGAUUUUAACUCGUCAACUAUAUGCUCUAUUUGCGAUGAGCCUUUUCAGGACGGUGACGUUAAAGUAAGAGAUCAUUGUCAUGUUACCGGUAAGAAAACACCUGGCGCCGCACAUAGCAAUUGUAAUUUAAAUUAUAAAAUCCCACAAUUUGUUCCAAUCUUUUUCCACAAUUUGAGUGGGUAUGACAGUCAUUUAUUUAUUAAAGAAUUGUAUGGCGAAGGUGAGAGGACCGAAGUUAUUGCACAAAAUAAAGAAAAAUAUAUUUCGUUCACUAAACCAUUGUACACCCAUAGCUAUGUAGAUAGAGAUGGUAUGUUGAGAAAAAAUUACAUAAAACUUAGAUUUUUGGAUAGUUACAGAUUUUUAGCUGAUUCAUUGGCUGGACUGUCAGAAAACCUGCCAUCAGAAUUUUUUGUUGAAACAAGGAAAUGUUUUGCAGAAAAAGAAAAAAUUGAUUUAAUGAGGCAGAAGGGAGUGUUUCCAUAUAAUUUCAUGGAUAAUAUAAUGAAAUUAGAUCACCCCAAUUUACCUUCAAAAGAUGAGUUUUAUGACAAGUUAAAUAAUUGCCACAUAACUGAUGAGGAAUAUGCUAGGGCUCAGAAAGUUUGGAAUGUAUUUAAAUGUCAAACUUUGGGAUCUUAUUCUGAUUUAUACUUAAAAUCAGAUGUUUUAAUGUUGUGCGAUAUAUUUGAAAAUUUUAGGGAUGUAUCACUUAAAGCAUAUAAACUAGAUCCGGCGCAAUAUUAUACAUCUCCAGGUCUGUCAUGGGAUGCGAUGUUGCGGUACACUAAGGUGGAGUUGGAACUACUGACAGAUAUAGAUAUGAUUAAUUUCUUCAAAAAUAGUAUACGCGGCGGUAUAAGCCAAUGCGUUGAAAGAAAACAUAUCGCCAAUAACCCGUAUUUGUCCGAAUAUAAUCCUUUCGAGCCAAAGUCUUCCAUACAUUAUAUCGAUGCGACAAAUCUCUAUGGUUAUAGCAUGAGUCAACCUCUGCCCACGGGAGAAUUUGUUUGGUUAUCGGCUGAGGAAAUUAAUCAACUCGAUAUUAUGUCUGUUGAUGAUCUCGGGGAUUAUGGGUAUGUUUUAGAAGUUGAUGUAACAUAUCCGCAUCACCUUCAUGAUAAACACGCUGAUUUGCCAUUUUUAGUAGAGAAUAUAAUUCCACCUAAUUCCAAAACAGAAAUACCCAAAUUGGUUCCCAAUUUAAAUCAUAAAGACAAGUACGUAUUACACUAUAGAAACUUCAAGCAGGCCAUAAAUAAUGGGCUAAUUGUAACUCAAAUUCAUCGCGUCCUCAAGUUUAAGCAGUCUCGUUGGCUGAAGAAAUAUAUAGACCUCAAUACAAAUAUGAGAAACAAUGCUAAGGACACAUCCGAGAAAAAUCACUUUAAGCGCAUGGUCAAUUCUGUGUACGGGAAAACUAUGGAAAAUGUAGAUGACAGGCGUGAUAUUUACCUUAGAACCCACUGGGCAAGUAAGAGAAAUUCCCCAGGCGCAAACAACUUAAUUGCUAGACCUAAUUUUAAGUCUUGUUCCAUAUUUUCAGAGCACUUUGUGGCUAUACAUAUGGGUAGAACUAAAAUUUGUUACAACAAACCACUUUAUGUAGGUUUCACGGUGUUGGAAUUGUCGAAAGUGAGAAUGUAUGAUUUUUAUUACGGCACAUUAAAACGACAAUUAGGCGAUAACAUUUCCUUACUUUACACGGAUACUGAUAGUUUUGUGCUUAAAGUUAAAUCAAUAAAUUUUUACGAAUUUAUGAAAGGAAAUAUCGAACAUUUCGACACAUCUAAUUAUAAAUCGGAUAAUAAAUUUAACCUGCCAGUAAGUAAACCAAUAUUGGGAAAUUUUAAGGAUGAGUAUCCAAAUCAGGCCAUCAGCAUAUUUUUAGGGACAGGCGCCAAGGCCUAUUAUAUUAGAUCAGAUGAAAAAGAGAGCAAAACCGCUAAGGGCGUAAAGAAAUCCGUAAUUCAAAACAGCUUAAACAUGGUGGAUUAUCAAAAAAUUGUAGAAGGUGGGGGUAAGAUAUUUAGAAAAAUGAAUACAUUUAGAAGUCAGUUACAUGAUAUCUAUACUGAAAUGAAAAAUAAAGUUGCAUUAUCUUACAAUGAUGAAAAAAGGUUUAUAAUACCAAACACCGCUAAAACUCUACCGUGGGGACAUAAAGAUAUUCAGGAAUAUCGUAAUGGACCUCAAAAUACUGUGGCUGAAUUUAGAUGUAGGGUAUCCAAUAUUGUAAAUAAUAGUAAUGAAGAAGAUAAAUUAGAUUUACUUUUAAGACUAUUAGAAGAAAUAGAAGCGAUCCUCAGAAGGCUGGCCUGGGGGGAAUUGGAUCCGUCGGAAGAGGAGUUGGGCCCUUGCGACUCAUCUUCUGCUUGUCCUCUACCAAGGCCGCCAUCACCUGCGGGGCCUUGCGAUAGCACCACGCAAGUGGUGGAUAUCGACAUCGGUGAUGUCGAUAUGAGUGGCUACGAGUCAGAUAAUAUAUCGGUGAUCGAUAUAUCGUCUGAUUCGGAUAGCGAUUCCGGCUCGGAUUAG